AUGCAAUCUUAUAAGUUCUUAACUGCUGGAUUAAUGCUUGUCCUUGCAACAUCAGUUCUCGGGCAGAACUUGACAUUUGUAUCUCCUGCUGCAGGCACAGUAGUCAAACCUGGACAAAAAGUCACCCUACAGUUGAAAUUUCAAUCUACGUCUCCAUCCGUCUCACAGAUCGCUUGGCAGCUUGGACUCAACGGCUUAGAAAAGGAUCUCAUCUCCCUGGGUCGCCCACUUGUAGCAAGCCUUGGCCCUGAGGAUACCGGUGCAACAUACAAGGAGGACGAGCAAACUUAUUACUGGGAUGUCACUUUACCCGCUGCAGACAAAUUUUUGGAUGGAUUUGACAAGACUUACCGAUUGACCCUUUCGCAGUACUACGUAGAUACAAAUGGUUUUGCCCCCAACAAAAAUCUUGUAUCUGUUCUGGUAAACGUUCAAAAGGAUUGA